AUGGUGACUAUUCCGAUAACCUGCCAGACUUCCUGUAAGAAGUGUGGCACACACCAACCCCACAAAGUGACACAGUACAAGAAGGGCAGGAAUUGUCUGUGUGCCCAGGGAAAGCAGCACCAUGGCGGGAAGCAGAGGGGCUGUGGUGGGCAGACUAAGCCAAUUUUCCAGAAAGAAGCUCAAACUCUCGAAGAGAUGGUGCUGAGGCCUGAAAGCACUAAGCCCAGCUGCACAUCUAUGAGAACUCUAGCUAUUCAGAGGCACAAGCAUUGUGAACUGUGA